GACAAACAAAAUGUAAUCGACGAAAGAGAAGAAGAAUUGUAGGUGGUGAAACCAUUGAUCUCAACUCUUCACAGUCGGUUGCUCCCGAGCAUUCAAAGACUGACGAAGGGAUUGAUUGUAACCACUGUGGCACUGAUGUUGAACAACCUGAAACUGACUUACCAAUGAAUGAUCGAAUGGACAUCAGAAAUAGAGCUGUGUUUCAACAUAGUAGUUCUCAAGAAGGUGGGGUGGUUUUAGAACAGGAUGAUCUAGUGGACAAUGGAAGCAAGGAUGAUGUUCUCAAUGAAGUAGACCAAGCAGAUUCAGCAGACAUGUGGUAUGGUGAUGUUGGAUGUGAUCAUAAUGUUGAAGAUAACACUUGGCAUAUUGAUGGCAACAAGGAAGGCGAGGAUGAUUUGGGGCAAGACAUGGGUGGAGACUCAGUACAAAAUGAAGAAAUGGAUCAGGGGGAUGAUGAGGACUGGCAUGACAAUGGAGUUGACUCUGGAGGAGAUGAUGAAGAUGAUGAUUUUCAGCAUGGUGAUGGGGAGGAAGGAAAUGAACCAGAUGAUAAUUACCAGGGAUUCAGCCUUGAAGAUGGAAAUCUUCCAAUUUAUCCAGAUGCCCCAUCACCAAGUCACAGAGUCUACUGCUGA